AUUCAGUCUUUGUAAUAUGUUAAGAAAAAGAUUGAGAUGAAUGCAAAUGGUUUGAAAAGAAGAUAGAGAGAAGAGAACAGAAUCAGCAUGGGUUCGUCUCUGUGGCCUCCGAAGGUGUCGAUGGAGCUUCACGUCAAAAACCGAGAGAAGCUUCUAGCAUCUCUUCGUCAACACCUUUCCGAUUCUUCUCGUCCUCUCCACGGCUUCGUUCUUCUUCAGGGUGGCGAAGAGCAAACGCGUUACGACACCGAUCACUUGGAGCUAUUCAGGCAGGAGAGUUUCUUCGCUUACUUGUUUGGAGUGACAGAGCCUGGAUUCUAUGGAGCCAUUGACAUUGCGACUGGGGACUCUCUCUUGUUUGCUCCCAGGUUACCUUCUGAGUAUGCUGUUUGGUUGGGGAAGAUUAAGCAACUCUCCUAUUUUAAGGAACACUACAUGGUUAGCACAACAUUCUUUUCAGAUGAGAUUGCAAGUGUUCUGCAACAACAUUACCAGGGUGCGGGAAAACCUUUACUGUUUCUCUUGCAUGGACUUAAUACAGAUAGCAAUAAUUUCUCUAAACCGGCAGAGUUUCAGGGCAUUGAUAAGUUUGAUAAGGAUUUGACUACUCUGCAUCCGAUAUUGACGGAGUGCCGUGUCAUCAAGUCAAAUCUUGAAAUUGCGCUUAUUCAGUUUGCCAAUGAUAUAAGCUCCGAAGCUCAUGUUGAGGUCAUGAGAAAAACUAAGGUUGGAAUGAAGGAGUAUCAGCUUGAAAGCAUUUUUCUUCAUCAUACCUACAUGUAUGGUGGAUGUCGGCAUUGUUCCUACACAUGUAUUUGUGCUACUGGUGAAAAUAGUGCUGUUCUUCAUUACGGCCAUGCGGCAGCUCCUAAUGACAAGACAUUGCAAGAUGGGGACAUGGCACUGUUUGACAUGGGAGCUGAGUACAAUUUCUAUGGGUCUGACAUAACCUGUUCUUUCCCUAUAAAUGGGAAGUUUACAAGCGAUCAAUCUCUUAUAUAUACUGCUGUGCUAGAUGCUCAUAAUGCUGUUAUAUCUUCAAUGAAACCUGGAGUAAACUGGGUUGAUAUGCACAUAUUGGCUGAAAAAGUUAUUCUCGAGUCACUGAAGAGGGGAAACAUUCUUUUGGGUGAUGUUGAGGACAUGAUGGCUGCACGCUUGGGUGCAGUUUUUAUGCCACAUGGUCUCGGGCAUUUCCUUGGUAUUGAUACACAUGAUCCUGGAGGCUACUUACAGGGUCUGGAAAGAAGAAAGGAACCUGGAUUAAAAUCUUUGCGGACAAUCAGAGAUCUCCAAGAAGGAAUGGUUAUCACUGUGGAGCCCGGAUGCUACUUUAUUGACGCCUUGCUACUUCCUGCCAUGAAUAGUCCAAUAACUACCAAGUUCUUGAACCAGGAAGCGAUUAAUAGAUAUAAAGAUUUUGGUGGAGUUCGAAUUGAGAGUGAUGUGCUUGUCACUGCCGCUGGUUGCUACAAUAUGACAAAGUGUCCCAGGGAAAUAGGCGAGAUUGAGGGGGUGAUGGCCGGGGCACCAUGGCCAGCGAAGAACAUCUCUACUCAUGCUAGAAAUGGAUUAGAAAUCUAAGCUUGAUUUCAAUCUUCUUAAGGUGAACAGGUCCGCGUCUUUAGUUUAUUUCUUUCUUUCUUUUUGUUAAUGAAUAACGGAGUGCAAGUUGCUGUUUACCUGUCUCGUGUCUAAAAUGAUCUUCUUUGCACUCCUUCCCUUUCCCAAAUAAAAGAUCCUCGAUAUAAGCAUUUCAAUAUCAAACUCAGUAGUAGUUACGUUUCUUUUGACAAAUGUUGAGUUGAGAUGUUAUAGAAGAGCAGGUUCUGAGAGUGAAAUUAGAAGUCCUUAAAUCGUGAGAUUUCUCCCAAUCAGUGUUAAUCAUCCAUUGCCUUUAGUGUUUUAAAAGAAGAGUACUUGUUAGUGCCUGACAAGGUGUUAAUAGCCCCAAAAAAUUGGGAAAUACAUGUACUUACAUUAAAUUUGAAGAAUAAUUAAGUCGAUCAAUUGACAAUUUACAACGACAA